GGAGGACUAUGGAAACCAAAAAAGGACGACAGAAAGAGAAGAAAGGAGAAUCGGAAAAGAAGGACGACAGGUCCUGUUCGUUCGGCCAUCUCGUCGGCGUUACAUCCCGUUCUGGCGGAGUGAAGGAUACCUUGAACGAAAACCCCUUUUCUGAAGUUGUUUUGCUCGAAAUCAUGAACUACACUCACCCACCCAACCAUUCCGGCAACUAUGAUCGGAAACCCUAAUUGGAAAAACAAUGGCUAAAACCAGAGGUACCCCUAGAAAGGACACAUCGGGGACUACGUUAAGGACAAGAGAUUCAAAGGUUGAUCAAAUGCCUUCCUCGAAGGAUAAGACACAUCGUCGUGGGGAUAUUUCGUGGGAUGUAGAAGGAGGUACGCCACCCAAGACCAUAAUGAGGUUACCAUUUGCUGAAUUGAAUUUUGGGAAUAGUACACCGAAUGUUCGGCCAUCCUCAAGGAAGCAUUCCAAAUCUGGCAAUGGUACAGGGAGGGUCAAAAUCAGAAUGGCACGUCCGUCAAGACAUGGUAAGAGCAUGGGUUAAAUAUUUUAACAUGAUCAAGUUGCAUACAUAUCAUGACACAUUCAUAAAGGAAACAUUGCU